AUGUUAUUUAUUGCGUUAUUCGUGGGAAUAGUUUUGAUAAUUUUUUUUAGGUCUCUGAUUCAACAUCAACCUGAAAAGGAUUUUGCGCAGGACGCAAUGGCGGAGCAAGAGCAGCAAGUUCGCUGCUCGUCCAGCGAGAGCGAGAACUUCGAGAAGAUUGACUCGGAAGACAUAGUGGACACUAAUGGUAAAAAUCCCAACUUCAUCGUCGGAGACGAGAGUCCUGAAGAUGUGGAAGACGACGGCCCUUCCCACGAGGGGAGGGACUCCUUCCCCAACGCGCCCCCUGCUAACAUCAGGAGGAUGUUGACGCCGGCUCAGCAGCUUGCUCUGGCAGAGAAGAGAAGCACGCUCAGGCCAUCUAUGUCCCAGGGUACAGUAGUCCACAGUCAUCGUUUUCAAGAGAAAGAUUUCACAGUUGCAACACCAGAAGAGUUUGUCAGGAGAUUCCAGGGCACCAAACCCAUUAAUAAGGUGCUGAUUGCGAACAACGGUAUUGGCGCAGUGAAAUGUAUGCGUUCAAUCCGAAGAUGGUCUUACGAGAUGUUCAAGAACGAACGCGCUGUGCGUUUCGUUGUCAUGGUAACACCAGAAGACUUGAAAGCAAAUGCAGAGUAUAUAAAGAUGGCAGAUCACUACGUGCCUGUGCCUGGAGGCUCCAACAACAACAAUUAUGCCAAUGUUGAACUGAUUGUGGAUAUCGCUGUCAGGACUCAAGUACAGGCGGUGUGGGCCGGAUGGGGCCACGCGUCAGAGAACCCCAAACUGCCGGAGUUGCUGCACCGAGCAGGCGUGGUAUUCAUCGGACCUCCCGAGAAGGCUAUGUGGGCGCUCGGAGACAAGAUCGCGUCCUCCAUCGUCGCCCAGACAGCUGACAUACCUACAUUGCCCUGGAGUGGAAGCGAUCUAAAAGCUGAAUACAACAGUAAGAAAAUCAAGAUAUCAUCGGAAUUAUUUGGCAAGGGAUGCGUGUCGACACCUGAGCAAGGGCUUCAAGCUGCGAAUAAAAUUGGAUUUCCUGUAAUGAUCAAGGCAUCCGAAGGUGGUGGCGGUAAGGGGAUUAGAAAAGUUGAAAAUCCUGACGACUUUGCUAAUAUGUUCCGCCAGGUACAAGCGGAAGUACCAGGGUCUCCUAUCUUUGUAAUGAAGCUGGCCAAGUCAGCUAGACACUUGGAAGUGCAACUUUUAGCCGAUCAAUACGGCAAUGCGAUUUCCCUGUUCGGACGUGACUGCUCCAUCCAGCGUCGGCACCAGAAGAUUAUUGAAGAGGCACCAGCGGCUGUCGCUAGGCCCGAAGUCUUUAUUGAGAUGGAAAAGUCGGCGGUGCGGCUGGCUAAGAUGGUGGGGUACGUGAGCGCGGGCACGGUGGAGUACUUGUACGAGCAGGCCACGGGCGCGUACUACUUCCUGGAGCUGAACCCGCGCCUGCAGGUGGAGCACCCCUGCACCGAGAUGGUGGCCGACGUGAACCUACCCGCCGCGCAGCUGCAGAUCGCCAUGGGCCUGCCUUUGUACCAAAUCAAGGACAUCCGCCUACUGUACGGCGAAUCACCUUGGGGAAUGACUCAGAUCGAAUUCGAUGAGCCUAAGCAGCGGCCUUCACCUUGGGGUCAUGUUAUUGCUGCUAGGAUCACUUCCGAGAAUCCUGACGAGGGCUUCAAACCAUCAUCAGGCACAGUCCAGGAGCUGAACUUUAGGUCUUCGAAGAAUGUGUGGGGCUACUUCAGUGUCGCAGCAUCUGGAGGACUGCACGAGUUUGCUGAUUCACAGUUUGGUCAUUGCUUCUCUUGGGGCGAGACCAGGGAGCAGGCAAGAGAGAAUCUUGUGAUAGCUCUGAAGGAGCUGAGCAUCCGUGGAGACUUCCGCACGACGGUGGAGUACCUGAUUACGCUGUUAGAAACCGCCGCCUUCCAGGAUAACAACAUUGACACUAGCUGGCUGGACGCACUCAUCGCAGAGAGGGUUCAAUCUGAAAAGCCUGACAUCAUGCUAGGAGUGAUCUGCGGUUCCAUUCUUAUCGCGGACUCCAUCAUCACAACACACUUCCAGGAGUUCAAGAGUGCUCUUGAAAAGGGUCAAAUCCAGCCGUCCGGUCAGCUGUCUAACUGUGUAGAAGUGGAGCUGAUCCACAGCGGACACAAGUACAAAGUGCAGGCGUGCAAGUCGGGACCCACAUCCUACUUCCUUGCCAUGAACGGCAGCUUCAAGGAGCUGGAGGUGCACAAACUCACUGAUGGCGGCACUCUCCUCUCGGUGGAUGGCGCAUCGUACACCACGUACCUGAAGGACGAAGUAGACAAGUACCGUAUCGUGAUAGGCAACCAAACUGUAGUCUUUGAUAAGGAAAAGGAUCCAUCGAAGUUGCGAGCGCCAUCUGCCGGAAAGUUGAUCAACACGUUGGUGGAAGAUGGCGGUCACGUGGAUAAGGGACAGCCGUACGCUGAGAUUGAGGUGAUGAAAAUGGUGAUGACGCUGCUGGCGCCGGAGGCUGGCAAGGUGACGUGGAAUCUGCGGCCCGGCGCCGUGUUGGACAUGGGCGCGCUCAUCGGCACCCUGGAGUUGGACGACCCGUCUCUGGUGACAACCGCGCAACCCUAUAAAGGCCAGUUCCCGCUGGAAGACAACCCUCAACUUUCCGAAAAGCUCAAUCACGCCCAUAACAAGUACAGAGCCAUCCUGGAAAACACAUUAUCUGGUUAUUGUUUACCGGAGCCUUACAAUACACCACGUCUGCGAGAGGUCGUUGAGAAGUUCAUGCAGAGCUUGCGAGAUCCCUCACUGCCACUGUUGGAGUUGCAAGAGGUGCUGUCGUCGGCGGCGGGGCGCAUCCCGGUGGGCGUGGAGAAGAAGGUGCGCAAGCUGAUGGCGCUGUACGAGCGCAACAUCACCAGCGUGCUGGCGCAGUUCCCCAGCCAGCAGAUCGCCAGCGUCAUCGACCAUCACGCGGGCUCGUUGGCGAAGCGCGCUGAUAGAGACGUGUUCUUCAUGAGCACGCAGGCAUUGGUUGUAUUGGUGCAACGUUACAGGAAUGGCAUACGAGGAAGAAUGAAGACUGCAGUCCAUGAUCUCCUCAAGCAAUACUACCAGGUUGAGAGCAAUUUCCAACUAGGUGCGUAUGAUAAAUGCGUGAUGGCGUUGCGCGAACGCUACAAGGAUGACAUGCAAGCUGUCGCGAACAUUUUAUUCUCUCACAAUCAAGUGGCUAAGAAGAAUUUGCUGGUGACGUUGCUCAUCGACCACUUGUGGUCCAACGAGCCGGGCUUGACGGACGAGCUGGCGGCCGCGCUCAACGAGCUGACGUCGCUGCACCGCGCCGAGCACAGCCGCGUGGCGCUGCGGGCGCGCCAGGUACUGAUAGCUGCCCACCAGCCGGCGUACGAGCUUCGUCACAACCAAAUGGAGUCGAUAUUCCUGUCCGCUGUGGACAUGUACGGCCACGACUUCCACCCAGAGAACCUGCAGAAGCUGAUCCUGUCGGAGACUUCCAUAUUUGAUAUCCUGCACGACUUCUUCUAUCACACCAACGCUGCGGUAUGCAACGCGGCGUUGGAAGUGUACGUGCGCCGAGCGUACAUGUCGUACGACAUCACCUGUCUCCAGCAUCUGGUGCUGUCGGGCGAGCUAGGCGUUGUCCACUUCCAGUUCAUCCUGCCCACUGGUCACCCUAACAGGAUCCCAAUCAGUCAGUCGGAGAUCGAGCUAUCUGCGGCACAAGACCAAGAAGGCAUCCCAGCAGAGCUGUGUGCCGCCGCGAUGCGGAAGUGCCAUCACAGGACUGGUGCCUUAGCCGCCUUCCAGUCCUUCGACCAGUUCGUAGAGUACGCCGACGAGCUGCUGGAUCUGGUGCAUGACUUCGCUAGCUCGGCUACUGUUAGACGAGAGGACCUGCAAGCGUUACAAGAUGGUAGCGAGAGUCGCGAGAGCACCAGCAUCAAUGUGGGGCACGACUACAAACCAAUUGUUGACGCCGAAGACAUGCCUCUGGAGCCGAUCCAUAUCCUGAUGAUCGGCGUGCGUGACAAUGGUGACAGCGACGACAGCGCGGUGUCGCGGCGCUUCGGCAGCUUCUGCCGCGCGCACCGCCACGAGCUGCACGCCAAGCGCAUCCGCCGCAUCACCUUCAUGUUGCUCAUCAAGCGUCAGUUCCCGAAAUUCUUCACGUUCCGAGCCCGUAACGACUUCACGGAGGACACAAUCUACCGGCACCUGGAGCCGGCGUCUGCCUUCCAGCUGGAGUUGUACCGCAUGCGAAGCUACGACCUAGAAGCGUUGCCGACCAGUAACCAAAAGAUGCACCUCUAUCUGGGCAAGGCUAAGGUGAAAAAGGGACAAGAAGUGACGGACUAUCGUUUCUUCAUCCGUUCUAUUAUCCGGCACCAGGACCUUAUUACGAAAGAGGCGAGUUUCGAGUAUCUUCAGAACGAGGGAGAAAGGGUGCUGUUAGAAGCGAUGGACGAAUUAGAGGUGGCUUUCUCACACCAAUUGGCCAAAAGAACAGAUUGCAAUCACAUAUUCCUCAACUUUGGGCCCACUGUAAUUAUGGACGCCGCUAAGAUUGAGGAGUCGGUGUUAAGUAUGGUCAUGCGCUACGGACCCCGCUUGUGGAAGCUAAGGGUUUUGCAGGCAGAAAUUCGUUUCACACUAAGAAUGGGUCCUGGGGCACCUACUAAGAAUGUGAGACUCUGUCUGUCCAAUGGCUCAGGAUACUCCCUAGAUAUAUACACGUAUGAGGAAGUCUCUGACCCCAGGACAGGAGUGAUAAUGUUCCAGUCAUAUGGACCAAGGCAAGGACCUAUGCAUGGACUUCCCAUCUCCACUCCUUAUGUCACAAAAGACUAUUUGCAGCAGAAGAGAUUCCUGGCCACGUCUCAAGGGACCACGUAUGUGUACGACAUCCCGGACAUGUUCCGUCAAUGUGUCGAGAGGCGAUGGCGUGAGUGCAUUGAAGAGGGUACUGUAGAUGGCCCACCUCCAGACAAUGUAAUGACCUGCGUAGAGUUGGUGGUAGAGCCCGAUGGUGAAAGACGGGUGGUCGAGGUGACGAGGCUGCCUGGACAGAAUACUGUGGGGAUGGUGGCGUGGCGACUGAGCUUGUACACACCGGAGUGCCCGCGCGGGCGCGACGUGGUGCUGCUGGCCAACGACCUCACGCACUACAUGGGCUCGUUCGGCCCGCACGAGGACUGGCUCUUCUACCGCGCCUCGCAGUACGCGCGCGACCGCUCCAUACCCAGGAUAUACGUGAGCGUGAACUCGGGGGCGCGUAUCGGCGUCGCGGAAGAAGUCAAGUCCGAGUUUAACGUCGCCUGGAUCGACGCCGAGAGGCCGGAACGCGGCUUCAAGUACCUCUACUUGACACCGGAGGCGUAUUCGCGUCUCGGUCCGCUCGGCUCCGUCAAAACGGAACUCAUCGAUGACGAGGGAGAAUCGCGCUACAAGAUCACCGACAUCAUUGGCAAAGAAGACGGGCUGGGCGUGGAGUGCUUGCGCGACGCCGGCCUGAUCGCCGGCGAGACCGCGCAGGCCUACGAGGACAUCGUGACCAUCUCCAUCGUCACCUGCAGGGCCAUCGGCAUCGGAUCCUACGUGGUCAGGCUUGGGCACCGCGUGAUCCAGGUGGAGUCGUCGUACAUAAUCCUGACGGGGUACGCGGCGCUGAACAAGGUGUUGGGGCGCGCGGUGUACGCCAGCAACAACCAGCUGGGCGGCGUGCAGAUCAUGCACAACAACGGCGUGUCGCACGCAGUGGCGCCCACAGACCUGGACGCCGUCAGGACUGCCCUGCGCUGGCUCUCCUACGUGCCUAAGGACAAAUUUAGCAUGGUGCCCAUCAUGCGUUGCGCGGAUCCAAUCGAUCGUCCGGUAGAGUGGGUGCCACCAAAAGCGGCCCACGAUCCUCGGCUCAUGCUUACAGGCGACAGCCAGCGUCGAGGAUUCUUCGAUGCUGGUUCCUUCGAUGAGAUCAUGAAGCCCUGGGCGCAAACUGUAAUCACAGGUCGAGCUCGUUUGGGUGGCAUUCCUGUGGGAGUCAUAGCGGUCGAGACCAGGACGGUAGAGAUUACACUGCCAGCGGAUCCCGCCAAUUUGGACUCCGAAUCCAAGACUCUGCAGCAAGCGGGACAGGUCUGGUUCCCUGAUUCGGCAUACAAGACGUCGCAAGCUAUAAACGACUUCUCCCGCGAGAACCUGCCCAUUAUUAUUUUUGCAAACUGGCGAGGAUUUAGUGGCGGUCAAAAAGACAUGUACGAGCAGAUCCUGAAGUUCGGUGCGGAGAUCGUGCGCGCGCUGCGUGGAGCCACGGCGCCCGUGCUGGUGUACGUGCCGCCCGGCGCCGAGCUGCGCGGCGGCGCCUGGGCGGUCGUCGACCCCAGCGUCAACGCGCAGCGCAUGGAGAUGUACGCCGACCCCGACGCCAGGGGCGGUGUGUUGGAGGCAGAAGGCAUAGUAGAAGUUAAGUUUAAGCAACGGGAUAUACUGAAAACAAUGCACCGGUUAGACCCGGAGCUGUUACGGUUAAGUGCUCGAAUCUCAGAAAUUAAAGAUCAAAUCAAAGAAAUAUCCAAAGGCUUUGAUAGGAGAGGUUCUAUCGACGACGUGCUCGUCCGAACUGAUGCUGGGAAUCAAGCGGAAUCUCGAGUCGGUGAGCUGGAGGCGGAGUUAGUUGCAGCGGAGAAGACUGUAAAAUCCCGGGAGAAGGAGUUGAGUCCUAUAUACCAUGAAAUUGCUGUUCAAUUCGCAGAGUUACAUGACACAGCUGAAAGGAUGCUUGAGAAAGGCUGCAUAUUUGACAUAAUACCGUGGCGGGAGUCGCGGCGGCUGCUGUACUGGCGGCUGGCGCGGCUGCUGCGGCAGAACGCGCAGGAGCGGCGCGUGCAGGCGGCCGCGCGCGCCGCGCCGCACAUGGACCAGGGCGCCGCCGCCGCCACGCUGCGCCGCUGGUUCACCGAGGACCGCGGCGAGACACAGUCCCACCAGUGGGAGAACGACAACGAAGCCGUGUGCCGCUGGCUGGAGUCGCAGGUGGGCGACGAGAACUCCGUGCUGGAGAGGAACCUGCGCGCCAUUAAGCAGGACGCCGUGCUGCAAGCCUGCAACAACCUCGUCAUGGAACUCACUCCGUCUCAACGCGCCGAAUUCGUACGAAAACUCACAGCAUUAGAAAUGGAACAAUAG